AUGGAGUUGCUGGUGCCAGCAGUUUCGGACGUUGUGUUCAAGUACACAUGGUCCGUUCCAAACUACAGGAAGACUAUUUCAAAAAAAAGUCUUAUCGAUAGUCCGUCAUUUGAUGUCAAUGUGAAUGAAAUUCAUCGUGUGCAUUCUUCUAUUCCCAUUUCUCUUCGCUCUGUUCUCGAAAUCAUCGAUAUUGGCUUUAUUAUUAAAAGAAAGAAUGGUCCACUGUUUGGUAACAGGCAAAAGAAUGAUAAACCCGGUGGUAUUGUGCCUGAACAUGUUGAACUGCACCGUAGAUGAAGCGGAACAAGCGAAGAUACGAUUUCAAUUUGCAGUUUUCAAUGCCGACGUUAAACACUGGGAAUACUGUCACGUUAGCAGGACAAUACUUGAGCUGAAAUCAUACACGGACAUUAUUUCCUUGGGCUACAGGGACUUGUCCAUCGUCGAGAGGCAUUUAAAGAAGAACGGCGAGGUGGUGUUAAUGGUUAAGAUACAGAUAAUCCAAUAUGAAAGCGAGAAACACAACUUGUCGCAAGAUAUGGCCAGAUUAUUAAAGCAUUCAUAUGGUGCGGACACGAAAUUAACUUGCGCAGGUUUGAACAACAUGGAAAUUCCAGUUCAUAGCAGCGUAUUAGCUGCUCGAAGCAACGUUUUGGCUGAGAUGAUACUGCCUUUAAGAGAUCUCGACGAGAAAAAGAACUCAAGACCAGAUAUCGCAGAAGAUAAAAUAGCAGAUAUACAAGAAUUGCAAGAAAAUAUAAUGGAUAAAGGAAACAAACGUUCCAAUAAUCGGUAUAUGUUUUCCCUGGAAUUGCUGGAUCUGAGUAAAGAAAUGACCGAAGAAUUAUUGCGAUAUAUAUAUAGUGAUCACAUUGAUAAUUUAGAUAAUUUCGCUCCGCAACUUUUACCUUUGGCUGAACGCUUUUGUCUACAGGGAUUAAAGGAGCUCUGCGAACGAAAUCUUAUCGAAACGAUAACUCCGGAAAAUAUAGCGAGCAGACUUUUAAUUGCGGACGAGUUUCGCUGCGAUGCACUUAAAAGAGUAAGUUUAGCAUAUUGUGAGGAAAAUAUAACGAUACUUAACAAAAGUUUGGCGUGGAAAAUGAUGGAGCGAGUGAACCCUGAAUUGUUUAAUGAAGUUUGUGAAGCUGGUAUUGGCAGUUCAAGAUCAAGUAACAUGGAUGAUAGUGAAUUAAGCAAUUGAUACCUUUUAGAUACAAGCAACUUAAUUAGUUGUGAGUUGCUACAAAUUUCAAUAUUAGAUAGUUUUAAUUUUCAAAAAGAUAUGACUCGGAUUUUAUAGAAAAUUUCAUCACUUAUAAAAUACUGUUGAAAAUGUAUAUUUCCAACGAAUAACUUUAAUAAAGAACAUUUUUAUAGAUCUUAAUAUAAAUUUAGUAUAUUUUUAUACUUAGCUCUAUUAA